CGAUUCUCCAUGGGUCCCCCAAGAUUGAAGGGGUAGAAGAAAAAAAAACAUAACAAAUCAACGCGGCUGUCUUACUUAGAAUUACUAUUCAUUUUGGUUAUGCAUAGACAGCACAGAUGCUUAGUCUUAAAGGAACCAGUUACUAGGCCUAAAUGAGUUCACCCGUAACCUCAGUUUUCAAGUGGAAAAGUCUUUGUUUUUAUUUCUGAUAUUAAUGGUAACAAAAUUAAAUGACAAUAUUAAUGAUAAUGAUGAUAAAGAUAAUGAUAGUAAUGAUAAUGAUCAUAAUUGUAGGGAUAAUAGUAUUUCUGACGAAGAUAUAAUCGAAACCGGUUAAAUACAUCUCUUGUAUUGUGAAGAUAUUCGUUCUCAUUCAUACCUUUCCACAUAAGACUACUAUAAAUACACACCAAAUAUUACAAGCAGUCUAUUAACCUAAAGUGUAUGUACUGGGUGGGAAAAGAGGUAGGAGACAGGAGAAGACCCAAUGGGGUAAAAUUUAGAAGGAUGAGGAGAAACACAGUGUAGUAAAAUUUGAGGUAUGAGGAGAAGGCCCAAUGAGGUAAAGUGUAGAACGAUGGGAAAAGAAAUCAGUGGGGUAAAAAUUAGAGGGAUGGGGAGUAGACCCAAUGGGUAAAAAUUAGAGAGGUGGGGAAGGGAGAGGUAUGUGUGGCCUUGAGGCUGGAAAAAAGAUGCCAAGUAGUUCCAGCUAUACUGAUUUACAUGUAUUUCCCAUUCACACUGAAAUAAAGGUGGAAAAAAACUUGACACCUUUUAAAAGCUGAUGCUUUAUUAAGGUGACUCAGCUGACCUAUAUGGAGGAGGGUCAGGGGGAGGGAGCCCGAACCACACGGGCCACGGAGCGGCUGCUAGCAGUUCUUCCUAUCAGGGGGGAGCUGAAGUAUGCCAGGGUGCUGAAGUGACCUCAUCGCCUCCCUCACAGCAGACACCAUCUAGUAACAUCCGCUUCGUUACACGUGCUGAUGAAGACCUGUUCAUGUCUGAGUCAGGUGAGAAGGCUCAUAUCUUUAGGGAGAAAAAGGUGGAUCCAUUGCAAAUACAAUCACAGUUUGUAAAGACUGUAGAAGAUAUCCUCGAUAGCCACUCCACUCUGCCAUACUUCUUGCAGUUUUUGCAAGGCUGGGGUGCUGAGAAGUAUGCAAGGUUUUGGCUGGAUGCUACCAGCUUCAGAGCUGCGGCAGUGACUCGCAUACGGAGCCAGGAUGUUCAUAUAACAUCCGACAUAGCAACUUCCACAACUAGCGAUAGAUCUUAUGUAGAUUUUAGUGAUAGUAAUUGUACAGACCCGGAAAACAAGCAAAAACAGACAGUCAGUGAAAUAUUUGAGAAUUACACUACUCAGUCAUGCUCAAAUUCAAGGACAGAAAGCUUUGGCCCAAAGGAAGGGAUACAAUCUAGAGAUAAAGGAUUGGUCUUACCUGAUUUAGUAAGUAAUAUUAAACAUGCUAAUGAUGUUACUCCCCUGAAUAGCCCUGAUGGGAGCUUUAGCAAGGUGCUGAACUGUGAUGCUCGGACUUCUGAAGGGAACCCGAAAGCUAGUGAUGAGAAGUGUGUGAUAUUACCCAAUCAUAUGGAUAGUGUAAAAGAAAGCAAUACAAAGCCAGUUGGAAGUGAAAGUGUUAUUACAGCAAAACCUCUUCUAAAAGAUACAAGAGGUUUUUCAAGUCCAAGUGCCUCAGUAUGUUCAAGGGCUCAGAAACUUAGACAAAGCAUAGCAGAGGAUGCCAUGAAGAUUUUCAACAAGUACAUAGCAAGGGAUGCAGAACAGUCUAUUGGUCUAGAUGAUGAUAUUAGAGAGGUUAUCCUACAAAAGAUCUCUGUGGUUCAGGAAGACAUUGAUUCUGAGUGCUUUGUUCCUGCACAGAAAAUAGUAUUUGGUGUCCUAGAAAAAGAAUACCUCCCAAAGUUUCUUGCAAGUGACUACUACCUCAAACACCAGAUUGAUGUUCUCACCAGUGGCUCUGUGCGUUUGGCAGACAUUCUAUAUAGUGAUUCGGCAUUUCCUUACUUCAUGGAGUAUGUGGAGCAGGAAGGAGGAAGGCAAAUGCUGCAAUUGUGGGUUGCAGCUUCAAAUUUCCGUCAGCAGCUGAUUGAGCAUGCUGGCAUGUACGAUCCUCAGCAAGCACAGGCAGAUGCGAUGGUCCUGUAUGACAAGUACUUCUCUCUGCAAGCAACGUGUCCACAAGGAUUCAGUGACCGAGUAAGAUUUGAAGUUGAAAGCAAUAUCUGCCGUGAGGAGGGACCCCUGCCAUCCUGUUUUAAUUUGCCCCUCAGAGUGGUUCUGCAUGUUCUAGAAAGGGAUUUCCUUCCUGGCUAUUUGUCAUCCAGUCUUCACAUCAAGUACCUGAGUGAGUUGAUUAAUACAGUCAAGACAAGUAUUGAACUGCUUGGCCGCAAAAAGAGAUCAGGCUCCGAGAGCACAUGUAGCAGUGAGCAGAGCAGUAGCUACGGGGGAGCAGGAAUCAGUUCGCAAAAUACUCUUCUGGCGAUGGAUACUUCAUCCACGCACCGUUUUCACAAUUUGGAUGGUGCCAUGAGAAUUGACGAGGCUCAGAUUACGGAUCCAGAUUCACUUUGGAGGAGAAAGAAUUUCAGUAAAAUGAGCUGUGGAUUCAUUAAUGAGCUUGGAAGAUUUGAAUCGGAACUGCAGCCAGAGCCUGAUCGCAAGACAGAGUCAAAAAUUUCUCGGACUCUUAAAAGAUUUGUUAACAUGGAUGAGGACAAGGUAAAAGAAGAUAUGGCUUACAAAGUGGCUGAGAUGAUCAUUAAAGAUGUGACAAGUGUAACCCUGGGGUCGCAAGGCAGCAACAGAUCCAGCAUGGAGUCCUCCCAACCACCACUCACACCAUCCUCAGUGUCACAGGAUAAUCUAAGUGAUGUUUUCCCCUCAUGAUGUGAAAGAGGUGACUAUAAUGGAACAGAUUUAUCUGCUAAAUACAGAAAUGUGAUAAUAGGACCGUGAACUAUAGGAGCACUUAUUGAAGUAACGAAUGUACAUAUGUACAUAUACUUAAUUAUUUUGGCUUGAUCGUCCCCAGGGGGGCCCAUUGGUGUUAGCAUUACAGCGUCUAGGGAAAAUUGGUCAUAGCUCAUGGAUAGGCUCAGAGGAUCCCCAGUGAGGAUAUAAUUAAAGGGUUUGGAUCUGGAGUGCUUGCAUUGGGAAGUAAGAUGUCUUUGUUUUGGCAUAUGUUGUCGUCAGGCAGGAAGUGGAGAGCAGUGGCUAUUUUACUUAAAAGGAAAAAAGGCCAUCAUCAAGGCCAGAAUGAAGACCAGGCUAAUUCCUGUGAGUGUAUCCUAGGCAGGAUAUGUUUUGCUUUGGCAGGAACCACUGAGGCUGAACUUCACUCACACACUACAU